AUGUCAUUAGACCAGCGAUUUGAAAAAUUCCUGCGACAUCUGCCGGUGUUUUCCCAGCUCGAUGAAGCAAGUCGACAGCAAAGUCAGGAUAUCGUUCGCCAGUAUCCUCAAAUUGCCUUCCAGCGCUGUAUCAUAUGUACCACGGUACACUCCCGGCGAUUCAAGUUGAAUCAACCGUUUCUUAUCCGAACGUCCUAUGACCGACGAUACGAAUAUUCCCGGGAGGAGGUAGUGGCAGCCUACUGCGUAUUGCAGGAGGCCGCAGAAACCUCACUGCUGGCUAGUCGUUUUCUCAAAUCGCUCACAGCUAUCCUUCAGAAGUAUCAGGUUCAGCUCUCGCUUGCUAAGGUUUCGCAGGUACCGUCGAGCUCCGGAUCUCCAAGUUUUUCUGAAAAUCUGAAAUCGAACUCCGCGGAGGAUCCCCAGCCACUCCCAAUCGGCUGCGAGUCCCAAGAACCGACUGACAUUGAUGGCUUGUGGCAAAAAUUUAUUAAUCAAGAUCAAGUACAUAGUGUGGCCAGCUGGGACACUCUAUUUUCCGCGCUGGAUGCUACGGUGACUUGA